AUGAGCCCUGCAGCCAACCGCCAGCCGAGCUAAGGACCGACGUCAGCCCCGGGCUGCAAAGCUGCAGCAGCUUGGGUUUUCUUCCUCAAAGAGCCGGGAGACUCUUCAGACCCGAGCUUUGGCCAGGAGAAUAAUAGUCGGGCUGCAGACACAAUGCUGACAGCCUGAGGCUUAGGCCCCUUUGCGCAGGCCGGAGAUUGAAAUCGACGCCGAAGUUUAUGUAUAUACUCCGGAGGACAAUGAGGGAAACUAUGCCCCAGACACCAAUAUUCUCCAGUAUGCUCGGUUCCAGUUGUAGUGGUCAAGUGCAGCCGGACAUGGGUGAGCGGAGUGGAGGCGACCUCGUUUUCCAGGAUGGGAAUCUGAUCUCCGGAUCUCUGGAAGCUCUGAUUGAACAUCUUGUUCCCACCAUGGAUUAUUACCCGGAUAGGACAUACAUCUUCACUUUCCUCCUGAGCUCCCGUGUCUUCAUCCCUCCUUAUGAUCUCCUGGCCAAAGUGGGGCAAAUCUGCCUCAAACAGAAGCAGCAGCUGGAGGCAGAAACUGAAAAGACCAAGUUGAAGUCCUUUGCUGCCAAGAUCAUCCAGCUUCUGAAGGAGUGGACAGAAACAUUCCCGUAUGAUUUCCAGGAUGAAAAGGCCAUGAAAGAGUUAAAGGAGAUUGCUCACAGAAUCACGCAGUGUGAUGAGGAGAACGGGACGGUCAAGAAGAUCAUCAGCCAGAUGACGCAGAACCUCCUGUUGUCCCUGGCUGCCCGGAAUCAGUUCCAGGAGAUCCGAGAGAAGUUCCGCCAGCCCGCCGUAGACAAAGGCACCAUCCUGAAAGCCAAGCCCCAGGCCCCGCAGAAGGACGUCCUUAGUGUGUGCUGUGACCCGCUCGUCCUGGCCCAGCAGCUCACCCACAUUGAACUGGAAAGAGUGAGCAACAUUUACCCCGAGGACCUGAUGCAAAUCGUCAGCCACAUGGACUCUCUGGAUAAUCACAAGUGCCGAGGGGACGUCACCAAGACCUAUACCCUGGAGGCCUACGACAACUGGUUCAACUGCCUCAGCAUGCUGGUGGCCACCGAGAUCUGCCGGGUGGUGAAGAAGAAGCAGCGGACGAGAAUGGUGGAGUUCUUCAUCGAUGUCGCCAGAGAGUGCUUUAACAUUGGGAACUUCAACUCGAUGAUGGCUAUUAUCUCUGGAAUGAACUUGAGCCCUGUGGCCCGGCUAAAGAAAACCUGGUCCAAAGUCAAGACAGCCAAGUUCGAUGUUUUAGAGCAUCAUAUGGAUCCCUCCAGUAACUUUUGUAACUACCGCACAGCCCUACAAGGGGCUGCCCAAAGGUCCCAGACAGCCAACAGCAGCCGAGAGAAGAUUGUCAUCCCCGUUUUCAACCUCUUCAUCAAAGAUAUUUACUUCCUGCACAAAAUACACACCAACCGCUUACCCAGUGGGCAAAUCAACUUCAAGAAAUUCUGGGAAAUUUCCAGGCAAAUUCAUGACUUCAUGACAUGGAAACAAGUGGAAUGUCCUUUCGAAAAAGACAAGAAGAUCCAGAGUUACCUUCUCACAGCACCUAUUUAUAGCGAAGAAGCUCUGUUUGUAGCCUCCUUUGAGAGUGAAGGCCCAGAAAAUCACAUGGAAAAAGACAGCUGGAAGACUCUCAGGACAACUCUUCUCAAUCGAGCCUGAAGCCUAGGCGCCAGCUUGCAGAACUUAAAGCGUAUAGAACAAGGCCUCACUGGUUGGGGUCUGUUUUGUAUAUACCCUUUUAUGAAAAUAGAAAUGGAGACUAUUUCAUGCAUCAACCUUAAGGCACUUAAAAAAAAAAAAAACAAAUGAAGAUUUUUGUUUAUUUUAUUUUACUGCAGGGCGGGGCCCUGUUCUGAGAGAAGUGUAUCGCGGGAGAGGGUGUCCAUGGAGAUGUCUUAUUCUAAAGAAAUGUAGUUUAUUUUCCUCUUUUGCUUACUUCCAUCUAAAAAAAAAACCAAACCAAAAACCAACCAGAACACUGCGCAUAUCCAGUGCCCUAUUAGACAUCCUGUACAAAAGCAGUCUGUUAUGUCUGGGACUAGUGCCUUAUAAGGUACUGAAACUGUCUAGUGUACCUACUCCUUUUGAGCUGGAAGUAAGCAAUUAAAAUGAGAUGGGUAUCCAGAAACCAUCCACAUCUUUGUAAAUAAACGGAAAGAAACGUCACAUGAACUAGAAUAUACCUGCCUGUAACAACAAAGGUGCAGCAACACAUCUUUAUUGUAUUGUUUGAAAGAUGGAAUGACUGCUAGAGGUUUUUCGUUUUGUUUUAAUACAUUCCGGAAAUGGUCCUUUUGAGUUUUGGCUGUCCAUAGUUUACAUUUUUGUUCUCCUUUGUCAGGGAUUUAUUAAAAAAAAAAUACCCACAAGCUUAUAAUUAAUCUAUAAGUUAUUUGCAUCCUCUCCUUAAAGGCUGAAUUUUUCCAUACGAGUAAUUUGGUAUCUUUGUCCUCAGUCACCUUAUAGAAAAAGGGAAUUUCAAAAUAAGGCAAAAGAGGGAAAUGUGACACAGAGGUUGGGUAAGAUCAUCGUUGGCAGACACACUCAAGGAUGAGAGAGUGAGAGACAAAGAGACUACAGAAUACUGGGAUUCUUGGGCAUUUAAGCACUUAGUACAGUGCUCUGCACACAGUAUGUGCUCAAUAAAUACGACUGAAUGAAUUUAAAACCAUCCUUUAAACUCCAAUGCCAGGUUAAGGUAUUUUAUACACCCCUGCAACUGUUUUCCAUUCCUUCCUUCCAACUUCAAUUCACGUGCAAUUGUUUCAAUACUAAAUGAGGCUAACAAAGCCAUUUAUGGGUACAGUGCGUUCCUUAGAAAAGUCACGAGGCACUUAAGUUGUAUCCCAAAUUAGAGUACUUUCACUUAACUGACUUAUCUUUCCAACUUCCUAUCAGGCCCUUUAUCUCUCUAAGGGCUUUUACAUUUUUAAAGAAACUUACAUAGAAUUGGAAAUGAUGCUUCAUUUCUGGGCAUUAGUUCUCCCAGAAGCCGAAGGGGGAUAAAAGCGGGAGACUAGAGUAGAUCCGUUGCUCUCCCUGGCAAUAGCGCCGAAACAAAUGUCAUCAGGUGUCUGAUGAAUUUGUAUCAACCCAGUGCUUAGAACAGUGUUUGGCACAUAGUAAGCACUUAUAAAAUACCAUUUUAAAAAUAUGCCAGGGCAGAAGCUGAAUGGAUACUCCGUUGGAAGGGAGUGGUAGGAAACACUAUCUUAGCACAGCCAGCCCAGGAACUGGGGGUGAUGACUCUUUCUUGAAAUGUGCUGCUAUUUUUUCCUGUGCUACAGAACAGAGUUCUCAGCCCUGAGGGUGGGGGUGGGGGUAAGACUAUUUAUACUGUAUUAUUACAGUGUUUUGCACUUUUCAAAGAUGUUCCAGACCGUACAUAUUGUCAAACACUAUAAAAAGGGAUUGUAUAUCAGCUUUGUUUAUGUAUUUGAGAUAAAGGGAUGCUGAAAAUUUAAGAAAAAAGUAUAUAUAUAUAUAUAUAUUUGAAAUGCAAUUUUAGAACACUUUCUGUAUAUGUACUGAAAAGCUUUCACUUGAAUGUGCACUUCACUGGUCAGUCAGUUCUAGUGUUCAUUUUCGCCCCCACAUUCCUUAAAUACUGUGGUUUGCUCUUCUGAAUAUGAAGCUGUACCAUAAAGCAGGAUAUUCUGUGUUUGGAUGUGCUUGCAUCAAUAAAAUCCAAGUUGCUUCAGCA